GGAAGAGGAGGAGAUGCUGCUUGUGGUCUGCAGCCUGUGAGUCGAAUAAAGGGGGAUAAAACAAGAAACCUGCGGGCAAUGAUGGACACAGUGUCGGCGAUGAGCCCUGCAGCUCUCAGCUCCAGCACCUUACUGCUCACAGCUAUUUUGCUAAGCUGUGCUGAUGGCAAAACUGAAUCAGUUUACUGGAAGAAUAAACAGCUCAACCUACAUGUUAUCAGCAGACUAAAUCCUGCUGAGAAGAAAAAUGUCUACACUAUUCUGUCUAGAGUGCACUCAGAUCGGAAUGUCUAUCCUUCAUCAGGAGUACUGUUUGUUCACGUGUUGGAGAGAGAAUACUACAAGGGGGAAUUUCCUCCAUAUCCAAAGCCGGGUGAGCUAAGUAAUGAUCCUAUAACAUUUAAUACAAACCUAAUGGGUUACCCUGACAGACCAGGAUGGCUACGCUACAUUCAGCGUACACCGUACAGUGAUGGCGUGCUCUAUGGAUCACCAACCUUUGAAAGCGUUGGAAAGCCUACUGUAAUUGAGAUAACGGCCUACAAUAGACGAACGUUUGAGACUGCAAGACAUAACUUAAUCUUAAAUAUAAUGUCAGCAGAAGAUUUCCCACUGCCAUAUCAAGCUGAAUUUUUCAUAAAAAAUAUGAACGUAGAAGAAAUGCUGGCCAGCGAAAUACUGGGAGAUUUCCUCGGGGCCGUCAAAAAUGUCUGGCAGCCGGAACGUCUGAAUGCUAUUAACAUAACCUCAGCAUUAGAUCGAGGAGGAAGAGUUCCACUUCCAAUCAAUGAUAUGAAAGAGGGGGUUUACGUUAUGGUUGGGGCAGAUGUCCCCUUUUCCUCAUGUUUAAAGGAAGUAGAAAACCCACAGAACCAGCUGAGAUGUAGCCAAGAGAUGGAACCAGCAAUAAGCUGUGACAAAAAAUUUCGAGCUCAGUUUAAUAUAGACUGGUGCAAGAUCUCACUGGUUGAUAAAACAAAGCAAGUGCUGUUCGCUCAGGAAGUUGUGCAUGGCGAGGGAAUCCUUCCAGAUGCCGGUGAAUACAGACCACCUUCGGAGGCUCUGAAAAGCAGAGAUUAUUAUGCAGACUUUUUCAUCACACUGGCUGUUCCUUCUGCAGUAGCCAUUGUGCUGUUUGCUAUUCUGGGUUAUAUCAUGUGCUGUCGAAGAGAAGGAAUGGAAAAGAGAAAUAUGCAGACACCAGAUAUUCAGCUAGUUCACCAUAGUGCAAUUCAGAAAUCGACUAAGGAACUUCGUGACAUGUCUAAUAACAGGGAAAUUGCAUGGCCACUAUCAACGCUACCCGUGUUCCACCCAGUGACCGGUGAGAUGGUACCUCCUCUGCACACAGACAACUAUGACAAUACUAACAUGCCUCUGAUGCAAACCCAACAGACUAUGCCACAUCAGACACAAAUCCCGCAGCAGCAAAACGCAGGAGAGUUUCGCAUGACAAGCUUUCAACGAUUUGAGGCAAGUACAAGUGACUUGUGAGGCAAUCACAUUUUAAAAUUCCAUUUUACUGCUAUGUGAAUUAUUAAAAA